AUGAUUUAAUGUUUUUCUAUAGAAUUUAUAGCAUAAUUUGUAUAAAUUUGUCUCUUAAGUACGCUAUAUGCCUUAAGAUUAUCAAAUUCAGCUCAGAUAUGUUCAAACAUUUAGUAGAUCUUUGAGGGGUAUUUUUAUUUUAAUUUGAUUGGACUUGUUUUUCUUUUAUUUUAUUGGAAAGUAUAAAUUUAUAAUAUAUUUAAUAGGAGCCAAAAGUAAAAUAACAAAAUCAAGAGAUUUAAUUCUAGUUAAUUGAUGUUAAAAAUAAUUAAUAGGAAAAAUCAUGA